AUGGCAGGAGGUCCUACAAAACUAGUCGUCUCCAACCUGGACUAUGGAGUAUUAAGUUCAGACAUACAGGUGAUCUUCUCAAAAGUUGGUCCUAUACACAGUGCAACGGUGAACUAUGAAAAGUCUGGUUGCUCCAUGGGCUCGGCUUACGUCGUAUUUGAGCGAAAAGCAGACGCUGUCAGGGCUAUGAAACUGUACAACAGGGUUACUUUAGAUGGUCGCCCAAUGCAUAUUGAACUGACUACCUCUGAUGUUAAGGUUACGAUGCAGCAAGCCAACCGAGUCAGCGAAUGCUUCAACCGCAGGCCUAGUGCUGAAGGUUUUCGCCACGGAAUUACUGGAAGAGAAGAAACGGUCGAGGCGGCAGAAGAGGUGACGGGGCGAACAGUGAAAAACAAAGUCCCAACUGCUGCAGAGUUAGAUGUAGAAUUAGAUGCGUACAUCAGCGAAAGAAAGUAG